AUGGAGCCAAGCAACUUUCAUAGAUUCUAUUGCUCCUUUACAAGAACACGGAAUGGUGAUAUGCUGUCUUGUACCGGUCCCAUGCGGACCAUGGUUGAAAGCCACUGGGCAGUCAUCUCAGCCUCUAUGAUUUCACAGCCAUCACAAGAGCCAUCAAUUUUUCCCAUUUCCACUCAAGCCAAGAGCGACAUAAAUCAAAGGGAAUUGACAGUCAGAAAGUCAUGUAUCGAGAUCACCACAGCCUCGACCAUCGGUCUAGAUGUGUACGAAAUUCAACACAAAGUCAAUGAAGAUGUAUACAUUGGCGUCAUCUUCGAACACAAACCGUCUUCGAGUACUGAUCUUGAUGAUGUCUUCGCGGCACUACUGCUCGAAAACAUGAAACCUUUCAUCUCAGCACCUGUGGACCAAAUUUACCUCGGAAAUGAUGAUCCCAGAGUCAUCGCAACUGCGAUAGUCGAUCUUUUUGAUGAGCGCUUGAGAUAUGUCAGUGCUGAUGAUAAAUGGGUCAACGGCGGGCGUACAUAUUUCUUGGAGCGGGUGUACGAAUUUGUGCGGCGAGGACAAAGGCUUGAGUUCUGCCUUCCUGCUUUCCCGUGCAAGUCUUCAAGUGUGGACAAGGUGUUUGGAGUCAUGCCUGAUAGGGGAGAGCAAGCUGCGGUCGAGUACCUGCAUUCUUUCAUCGAGGAGAUUGAGAAGAUAUAUGGUCUAGGUGCCAAGCUCUGGAUCAUUAGUGACGGACACGUCUUCAGCGACUGCAUCGGGGUGGAUGACGAGACAGCCGACGCGUAUAACACUCAGCUUGCUCGCUUGAAUGACAUUGUAACCCGCCGUCGCGGAGGUCGUGACCGAAUUGGUUUCAAGAGCCUCAUCAAUUUGUUCAGCUUGGAUCACUACGUGGAUGAAAUCAGCAACCUGCUGAAGCUCCCAGCGCUGCCUCACCAGAUCUCAACAAAGCGCACCAAGGUCGCCGACUUCAGUCGUCAGCUCUUGCUCGAAGUCUGCCAGACUGACGCCACUGUGCUGCGCUCCCGCAUUGAGCAGGGAAGCGCUAGCGUGUUGAAGUUAUACCGCGGCUUCUCGCGCUUUAUGCUGGAAGACUUGGACCUCAACCAAUAUACCAAGCAACUAAGCCGCAGCCGGCGCAAGAAGCUGGCGUCUAAAGUCGCAUUUGAAAUGAUUCAGCGCAAUGAGGCGUAUUCCAACCUUGUCGAGCUACUUUUCCCACACCACGUAAGGCUUUCUAUCCACGCGCACAACAACGCUGGCCCCAAGUUUGGCAUUAGGAUGUUUGGUACCAACGUCAGGGCGGUCGAGAAGCUCGCAUUCGACGGCGCCGAAAUGCGCAGUGUCGAUCUGCUGCACGUGCCGACUCCAUGGCACAACUGCCUUGUGGAGAUAGCCGGUUGCGAAACGCUCUUCAUGGUCAAGGCCAAGACUGUCAGAGACGCUCUGUCUUCUGGUAAAUUCAGCGGCGGUUGGGUGGAUGGGAGUCUCGAUGGUGUGGCUGGCCAUUUCCGUCUAAAAAGCGCCAAUUCAAGUAAAACUUUCGACCACAAACCUGGAAAGGCGAUUAGAAUCACGGAGACGCCUCUGGGGCUAGAUACACAGUCCGUUUGUUAUCUCGACAAUGAGGCCCAUUAUUACAUGACAUCGACAACGGAUGUUGAGCUGAUUACUUCUCGCGCAUACUUUGGCGUCGUUUAG